UAAUCGUUUGUCGUAGUUUGUCGAACGAAAGUGAGGAAGGGUUAAUUUUUCACUGACUUCGUGCGGAAUGGAAAAGUUUGUUGAUCAAGAGUUAUAAUAAUAGUUUCAACAUUUGUUGCAAUUCGCAUAAUUCAUGUUUACUUUGCAUCAUUUUUCAGAAGAUAAUUAAGGCAACUCGAUAAGAACUUGCUUAUAGCAAGCAUUUUCAUGGUAUGCUAGAAUCAUUUGAGAGAUAUACAUGCGAGUUUUGCUGGAGUUAAAGUUGAUCUGUUAGUGACUAACUAUUGUUACAUAUGCAGCAAGACUAAGAAAUUAUAUGUAUGCUGUAAUGAAGACUAUUCCUUUAUGAUUUAAAAAAUAACCGAUUUGGAUCCUGAGAGACAUAUGCAUUGCUGUAAUGAAUUUUCUUCCCAAAAAGGGUAGCAAGAGAAGUUCCAAGAGUGAAAAACGUGUUUUACCGUCUGAGUUAGAACGAAUAGAAAAAGCCAAAGAGGUGCGAAGAAAUCUCUCGAUACUAUGUGACAGAGAGGAUGACGAUUCUUCCGAAAAGUCAUUUGUCACCGUGAGAACCAUGCAAACAAAUCGUUACACGAAUCAUGAUGCGAGUUCCGUUCAGCCGAAAAAAAUACUGAAAAUCAAACUAACAGAUUCUUCCAGCGAAAAUUCAUCUGUCUCUCAUAAAAGAAAUAAUCAAAGUAAAAGCGAAAGGGUUAAAAUGUCAAAAUCCACACGGGAAUCUAUUUCUGCGCCGAAAGCUUUACGAUCGAUUAAAGAAAAGAAAUAUAUAUCUAGUGACUCGGAUAAUGAUUCUACCGAUGCAUCGUCGAUUAAACCAAUUGUAGAGAAACGUACAAUUAAACGUAAUGCUAGAUCUGUAAAAACAGCGAGACGUAAAACAAAUACUUGCACAUGUUCCUCCGAUAGCGAAAAUGAUGAGGAUGAUACAGCGAACAGAGUGUCAAGUAUACUCAAGAGAAUUUCAAAGGAUACCAAACAACAAAAUAGGAAAAUGGAUAAUUUUUACAGCGCAAAGUCAAAAGAUAAAACGAAGAGAUAUGAUUCGACCAGUAAAUCCGAAGACGAGGAACAUAAAAAGCAAAGUAAAAGGAAAAUGCAGGAAGACAAACGGAAACGCGGCAAAUCAUCAAUGCAGCGACAACUUUCUAAAAUUAAAGAAAAUGAUUCGGAUAAUAGUUCUGGUAAGGAAUUUCAAAAGAUAAAACUUCAGAAAGUGAAUCGCAAGUAUUCUGCGAGGCCGUUGGCGAACUUGGAGAUAGAUCAUACCAAAUCACCCCGCGGGAAGAAUUCCAUGAAUGACGUGAGUUUAAAUGAUAGCAACGAACAAUUGAUUCGGAAUCUCGAUGAUAUAAAGAAGAUUUUACAAGACUGCAAAAAGUUUUGUUCGAAUUUUCAGACGUGUAUAGAGACUGUAGAGCUGCAUGGUAAAGAGGAUGUAGAACAAUUUAUAGAAAAGUCUACGGAAAAAGUCAAUAAGUUAAAGAUAAUGUUGGAUAAGAGGCACAAGGAUUUGACAGAUGCUUAUCAGUUGAGGAUUAAGAUUAGGAAAAGAUGCUCUAGGCAAUCGAACAAAGUAGCUAGCGAUAACGAGCAAUACUCGGAAGAGCACGAAAAGAGCACGGUAAGCGAGAGUAAACACGUUUCCGGUAAGAGGGAUGAAGACAAAACAGCCGUGUCCGAAUGCGAUACCGAGGAAAUAUUUUCAGCGAAUGAAGCAGAAUCUCCGCGAAAGUUGCGGACGACUCCGCGCAAAGACGCAACCGAUGCAUCGAGAACGGAAAAUUGUGUAAAUAAUGACAGAAUUAAUAAUGACAAUGAAGAUAGGAUGUCAAUUGCAUUGAGGAAUGACGAUAAGAGUGCUAGUAAUGAUCGAGACGAUCUGGUUGUUUCUCCUGUAUUAGGUACGUUAAAAGAGAAGAAGGACGGCGUAGUACGAUCGAAUAAAAAGCAACUGUUCUUAGAAUGCGAUAAAAGUAAUAAUGAGACGCAUGAAAAUACAAAUUCUAAUGAUAAGCAAGUGGCUUUAAAUACAAAUAGGAAUGAUAUGAUCAACGAGUCACUGGAUGAUAUGUUUGACGAUACAGAAAAGAGUAAAACCGAAGCUAUAUUAGAUGUAGAAACAAGCAUUGAUGAAGGAGAGCUUUCGCAUAUGUCUAAAGAUAAAUCUGUAAAAUCUUGCGAGAGUUCCUUGCACGAUAAAGUUCCAAAUGAAAAAGAGAAGGCGCUUCUUUCAAUCUACAAUAACGAAGGAGAGAAAAAUUUAUCGAGUCGAGAUAAUUGGGAAAAAGUGGAACUUGCAACCAAUGAGGAAAUUUACGAUGAAUCAAAGACAUCACAAAAAUUGAAUACUGACGACAACGAGUCUCUCGACGACGCUGAGGCGUUGGCGAAGAAAAAUCUACUGGCGACAUCAGAUUCCGACACAUCGGACACGUCGGACAAGGGCGAAGCGUUGGCGAAGAAAGCUUUGUUGGCAACAGAUUCCGACACAGUGGACACUCUUCCUGAUAAAAAACUAGCCAAGCUAACUGAAGAUUCACUCGCAAAUGAUACUACUCAAACUGGAAAGAAAAAUGGAGCACAAGACAGUGAUUUCGAUAUUAAUAGUAUCAAUACGGUAAAGCUUUCGGCGUUUAUAAAGAAGGCGGACACUGCCGCUGAAAAAGAUGAAAAUUGUACCAUUGAAAUAAAAGUUCAAAACAAAAAAGAAAGUAAUGAUCGAUUGAGUAAAAGAUUUCAUAAAGAGAUUAGUUCUUCGGACGAGGCUACUAAAGUAGAAAAAGCCGCUAAGAAAGCUCUCUUAGAAUCAACUUCAGACGAUUGUGAAUCUUUGUCAUUAUUGUCGGAAAAACUUAGUAAUGAUCAGUUAGAUAACAGAUCAGGCCAAGAAAUGAGUUCCUCUGACGAGGAUUCCAAGAAGACCUUGAAAUCGAAUUCGGACGAUUUUGCGCCUGUGUCGUUGUCAUCAAGAAAACUCUGUGAUGAUCGACAGGAUAAAAUAUUUUGCAGAAAGAUGAACUCCUCGGACGAGGACUUUGACAAAGAACAGGCCGCCAAGAAAGCUCUUUUGGAAUCAAAUUCGGACGAUUCCGCGCUCUUGUCGUCGAAGUCUUCGGAAAAAUUGACCGAUCAGAAAUCCGAAUUGGAUUCUUCUGAAAAAAAUUACUUAGCGAAAAUGAAGCUCCUAGCAUCCUCCAGCGAAGACUCCAAUUCCACGUCGAUUCUAUCCGAAACGACAUAUACUCCGAGCAGCACUAAACAUAAUAGCGAACCUGAGAAUGAUAGUGAGUUUAUGGUCUCCAGACUCAAGAAGAAAAAGUUUAAACUCGACAAAAAUUCUUACUACAGAAACGAUAAGAAAUUGAGAAUGUCUUGCAAAGUUCAUUUAAUACGAUUAAGAGUGGAAGUUCUUAAACGCUAUUCGCGCGCUUUAAAAAAGUCAAGAGAGUAUCUGGAACAUAAGGAAUUCAAAAGUCUCAUUAAUCUGGAUAAACUCGAGAAAAAACAUUCAAAAAAUGCAACGAAAGAUUCCGAUUCAUCGACGAAUUCCGACGACUCGUAUUCGAAAGUUUCGAAAAGCUUGAAUAAAACUCGAAAAGGAAAGGUAAAAGUCAGAGAGGAGUCUCUGAUGGAUCAUUUGGAAAGAGUAGAGAAUGGCGAUGUUAUUACAACCGUAGAAACGGAUUCCGAUACUGAAGAGCCAAUUCGUCGAAUAAAUAAUAUAGACGAUAUGCUUGUGUCUAAUGAAGCUCUAAUAUCAGAAGCAGAUAGAAUCGCAAAAGAGAAUCUGUUAAAUUCCUCUGAUUCAAAUGAUUUAGAAAAUGAAGUGAUGGUUCAUAGCGGUGAUAGCGUAAAUUACGAUAAAAAUGAAGAAAAAUUAGAAAACAAGAAGAAAUAUCAAAAGAAGUCUGAAGAGAAAACUUCAAAACAAGAUGAUAGCAAGAAAAACAAAAGCGAUUGGAGACGAGACAAGUUAUUAACGCAGAAAUUUUCCGAUACCGAUUCCGAUGUUGAAAAGAAAAAAUGGGAGAAGAAGCAAGAAAAAAUUGCAAACAAAUCUAAAGAAAAUAACAGCGAUUCUGGCGACGAGGAAAAAGUGUUUAAAUCUAAAAAGAAGAAGAAGAAGACCGGGCGAAGAAUUUUCGAUUCAGAUUCGGAUAUCAAAAUAACGGAUUGCACUUCUGAUGAUUCUUCUAAAGCUUCAAGUGAAUUUAAAGCACAUUCAAGCGAUUCAGACGUCGUGAGGAAGGAAAAGGAGAAGUUGAAACGGAAAAGACGCAAACGCAGCGAUAGUAAUUUGUCAGACACGGAUUCCUCGCUUGCUGAAAAGAAACCCAAACCGAAACGAAAGCGAAUCAAGAAGAUGGCAUCUGAUAGUGACAGUAGUAGCACGGAAAUGAAGAAUUCGCAGGGAUCCACGCCCGGUAAAAGUGGCCGGAAAAAUAUACGGAAAGUUCUGAAAGACAAGCAAGUAGCAGAAGAUACGAAACUAGCCGCAAAAGAAGAGGAAGAGAGACUCAAACGUAUUGCCGAACGUCAGGCUGUGUAUAAUGAAAUGUACGAGAUAAGGCUCGCUGGCGAGGAGAAAGUAGACAAGCUCGUUUUAGAUUUCGAUACAGAAACGAAAGAGGAGCUCGUCACCGUACACGAGGAAUUGGUAAAACAUCUGAAGCCGCAUCAGGCGCAAGGCAUCAAAUUUAUGUGGGAUGCUUCUUUUGAGUCUCUAGAAAGAGUAAAGACCACGUCCGGAUCUGGAUGUAUAAUCGCACACUGCAUGGGUUUGGGCAAGACACUACAAGUGAUCGCUUUGACGCAUACUCUUCUCAAUCACGAGACAACAGGUGUUAAGACUGUAUUGAUAGUUUGUCCACUAAGCACGGUGCUCAAUUGGUUAAAUGAGUACAAUACGUGGCUGAAAGAUUUGGAUGAUAUCGAGGUGUACGAAUUAACAAAGUUUAAGAAGAAUUUUGAGAGAAAAUGCCAGCUACAAAGAUGGCAAAAAACCGGCGGUGUGAUGAUCAUCGGCUAUGAAAUGUUCCGCAAUCUUACUGGUCCAAAUAAAAAUAUUCGGAAAGGCAUGAAGGAAGUGAUAUUGGAAUGCCUAGUUAAUCCGGGUGCCGAUCUCGUUGUCUGCGACGAGGGUCACUUGUUGAAGAAUGAAGAUACCGCAUUAAGUAAAUGCAUGAGAAACGUGAGAACUAUGAGACGCAUUAUACUUACUGGAACACCAUUACAAAACAAUUUAAAAGAAUAUCAUUGCAUGGUACAGUUUGUGAAACCGAAUCUACUAGGUACGAAGAAAGAAUUUUUAAACAGAUUUGUACAUCCGAUAAUGAACGGUCAGUUUGAUGAUUCUACCGCUUACGACGUUAAAUUAAUGAAGAAACGCGCGCAUGUAUUGCACAAAAUGUUGGAGGGUAGUGUGCAAAGAUUCGAUUAUUCCGUGCUUACGCCAUUUCUACCGCCCAAACAAGAAUAUGUCAUUUUUGUCAGACUGACGGAUCCACAAAUUAAAAUGUAUCAAUAUUACUUGGAAAAUCUUGUCAGACGAGGUCAAGGAGGUCAAGGAGGAACUCUUUUCGCAGAUUUUCAAGCAUUACAAAGGAUCUGGACGCACCCCCUGGUUCUACGUUUGAACGCGGAAAAAAUAGAGAAGGCAAAUGAGAAAAAAGAUCUUACCAGCGAUUCGGAAGGAUCGUUGAAAGAUUUUAUUAAUGAUGACACCGAUAUAGACAGCAACAGUAGCGAUUCUAGCAGUGAUAGUGAUGUUCAGGCGAUCGAUGAAAAAGAUGUUCCAAUACGAAGAACGAGAAAUAAUCCUGGCGAAGAGGAGCCAGAGGAAGAGAUUAAAGAAGAGCCUCCUGCAGAAGCAGAAUGGUGGUCGCAAUUUGUGCAGCCCGAACAUUUUGAGGACAUGAGAAUAUCCGCUAAACUAUUACUUCUCUUUGGAAUUCUAAAGGAGUGCGAGCAGAUCGGUGAUAAAGUGCUCGUAUUCUCGCAAUCGUUGUAUUCUCUCACUUUAAUCGAGGAAUUUCUAAGGAGAAUAGACAACCAGACUCAGGACGGCGCACCUUGCGAUACCUUGGAUAAUCACACCGGAAGUUGGUCCUUGGGGCUCGAUUACUUUCGCCUGGACGGCUCGACCUCGCCUGAAAAUCGAAAUAUAUGGUGUAACAUAUUUAACAAGCCCACCAACACGAGAGCAAGACUAUUCCUUAUAUCCACACGCGCCGGUGGACUGGGAAUAAACUUAACCGCAGCGAAUAGAGUGAUCAUAUUCGAUGCCAGUUGGAAUCCCUCUCAUGACGUACAAAGCAUAUUUCGGAUAUACAGAUUCGGGCAGAAGAAGCCGUGUUAUGUAUAUCGAUUUCUCGCGGCGAAAACAAUGGAAGAAAAAAUCUACAAUCGCCAAGUUACGAAGCUUUCACUUUCGUGCCGCGUUGUAGACGAGCAACAGAUCGAACGACACUACAGUAAUCACAAUCUAAACGAGUUAUACAUGUUUGAAGGAUAUGACGAUAAGGAAAAAUCCACAUUGAAUUUACCAAAAGAUAGAUUACUAGCGGAGAUAUUCCUGAAAUUCAAGGAUAAUGUAGAAAAUUAUCACGAACACGAUUCUCUAUUGGAGAACAAGGCUGAGGAGGAAUUAGAUGAAGAGGAACGUAAACAGGCCUGGUUGGAAUAUGAAGAAGAAAAAAAAGGAAAAUCAUUAAUAAAUUCAACCAAUAUGGCUUAUCAGAAUAAUAUGCUUUUGCAGCAGUAUAAUAUGAUGAUUAAUUCCGUACAGUCUAGCAUGGUGCCUCAAAAUAUGUUAGAGUAUGACGAUCUCCAACAGCUGAUUCGUAAGGAUUAUCCUAAUGCGACGCCGGAGCAACAAAAACUGAUGACGAAUCGAGCAUUACUGGAAAUGUACAAUUAUUGGGAGAAGCAAGCUACACUUUUUCAUAAGCAACCAAUGCGAAAUCAAGUUAUAUCGAAUUAUCAACCAAUGCCGCAAGCUCCGACUUUUCAACCGAGGCCACCAGUCCCGACCAACAGCAACGUACACGUAAAUCAACCAGUCUCGCAGUUGAACCAACUGCUUUCCGGACAAUCGGCGAAUUAUGUAAACGCUAAUAAACCUGCACAGUCGAGUGGUAUACAGAUGGGAGGAGAUUUACUUCCAAAUAUAUAUACAUAUCGAAAUGCUCCAUCGACUAAUAGCGGAAAUACGAACCAAGAAGUAAUAGAGGUGAUUCCUACUACGAAUAGUACGGGUGCAACGCGUCAAACCGGGAUGUGUAGCAUACCAGCUGCCCCAUCAAUUGAUAACAGUAAAAUUCAGGAGGAGUAAACUUCACACACAAUACAAUAUUUUAUAUGAAUUAUUUUUCGCGAUAAUAUUAUAGAUAGUAGACCAAUAUAAAUCUCGAUUAGUUACAAACUGAGAGAAAGCUGUAUACGAAAAUAUUAUUUAUACUUUAUGUUGAUUUCCUAUGUAAUAUAACAAAUAUUAACAGUAUUGUGUGUAUUAAGAUUAAUUAUAUUUAUAUAAUCUAUAUGCAAUAAGUUGCGCAUUUGCACGUUCAAAAUUUUACUAUAUAAUACUGCAUACAAUACGGAAUAAAUGACAUCCAAUGUGUUACAUAUACAUAUAUCGCCAAAUAUAGCGAAGUUGUACUUUAUAUUAGAAGAUAAAAGAGAGAUCUUAAAAAAUAUUAUAUAGUUUACAUAAAACUCCUUCCCUUACAGAAAUUUAAUGAUGCGUUAAAUUAGUGAUUAAUUAUUUAUUUUUGUAUCAACGCAACAGUGCUUCUAAUAUUCAAAAUAACUAAUUAAUCACUGACCAAUACCGUCAAUAUUAAAUUUCGACAAGGGUUAAUGUAGUAAGAAUACUUUUUUUUUUUUUUUAAGAAUCACAUAAAGAAAAUCUUUAAUUUAUGGUUAAUCUUUAAUUGUUAGAAUACAAUUUGUGCUUAUUUUUAAUUGUUAAUUAUUGUAUAUAGUACGUGUUUUCGAGCAUUUUGAUACGAUAUUUCAAUAGAUAGCGAUAAUAAAUACAUCAUAAAUUUGUUUAUAUUUUUUCGAUUAUAAGUUAUGAUUAAUUAUUGACGUUCAUUUUUUUUAAUAUCAACACAACCAUAUAUAAUUUAUUUAUUAAUUGCACCAUAUGUAGACAGAUAAAUCUCUCAAAUAUUUAAAAUAAAAAUGUAAUGCUGUUUAUUGUAAUAUCAUGGUGUAAUAGCAAAAUGUUGCGUUAUGUUUUUAACAUCUGUGGGAAGGGCAUUUCUCCAUCCAUUUCUUAGCAACGCUCUGAGAUAUUUUUUGGUUUUUAACAUUUUCGGCGAGGCUGCUACAUUAAAAUCUUCCGCCCUGUCGGUUCUGUGAUCAUAUAAUUCUUCCGCGAUGAUAACAUCCCAAUCUGGUUUGCAUGUCGUGUGCGUGAACGGCAACCACACGGUAUAGCGAUAGUUGUUGGUUUUCAAGGUGUAGCCCAUUACGUUUAUUUCUUUUAAACGAGGUUUAUCGCUGUUGGGAUGAAGCGUCGGUUGAAUUCCCGGUCUUGGAUAUUGACUGAAUGCUGCCUUUUUCCAAGGUACGCUCUGAACAUUGCAAAUAUUUUAAAUAGGGAAUGUUGUAUAAUUUUGUUUUGUAUAAGACGUUUGUAUAAUUAAAAAUGCAAUAAAAGGAUGCCUUACCUGACA